AUGGCUGAGAAUGAUAGCGAUGCAGAGCCAUUAUUCUGUGUCAUUCCUUCACCUGAAGUACAAAAAGCAGAACUGUGGAAACUUACGCCUGGCUAUGCCGAUCGCUAUGAGAUAAAGAAUAUGGGCUUCAAGUACAUGACAAUUGCUCGUCCCUCACACCAGACAGGACAGCAGAUAGUAGUUGGAUCCGAUAACAAAUAUUGGUGGUUUAUACAGCCCGCGGAAAAAUUCGGGCCAGAUGCUUACUUUAGUAUCCGACAUAAUGAGAAAAGAGAGCUCUGCUGGCAUCUUAGUGACGGGUCGCAUAUGACUCCGGUAGAGCUCCAGCACUUUUCUAUGGAUCCUCGGAAUAUUUGGAAAAUUGUACCGGCUGAUCUGGAUGUGGACGUUUUGACUGGUGGUGAUAUUGAACGCGUGGUCUCUGGCGCUAUCGUGACUAUACAACAGACGGCUCGUCAUAAGGCCAAGUUAGAGAAGAUUCAGAAAUCUGUUAGUGACGCCACAUUGACGAUAAAGCAAUACGCAAAUCACAAAACCACGAAAGUCACGAAAGUGUAUGAGUUUGUCAACACGCCGCAUCGAAAUACACUAUGCUCUGCGCCAAUGUGCUACCACAAUUGUCACGAGAACUGUGAUUGUUCUACUGGUUUCUCAUUAGAUCCGACGUCCACUCGCCAAUGCAGUGCCUUUCGGUGGGAGAGCCAAUACUGCGUUAAAUGUGGACAUUCGUACAUGGAGCACCGCCUCUAUAACGUCAAAUGGGUAUCCAGGGAGGACGAACAGGUCACUGUCGACGAGGACGCAAAGAAGAAGUACGAAGCGGCAACAGAGGAGAAGGAGAAGCAGGAGAGGGAGAUAAUGCAGUUGAACAAGUGUAUUACGGAUUCGAACGCGGCAUUGGCGAAUGCGAUUGCGAAUGUCGGGCAGUUGAUCAAGCAAUACGCCAAUUUGGACCUGGACCGGUCCGCGAACUUCGUCGGUCAAAUGAAACAGUCAGUUGCGUUGCUCGAGCUGGUAUUGGAGAUCAUGCGUUAUAAUCGCGCUGACACCGACACGGUUACAUAUGCGGAGAGAAUGCUGAGGCUUCUGCGGGAGCAGAUCGGUCUCAUCGAGAAAGCGAAGUAG